UCUGGUUACUGAUUGAUGUUUGGGCAGGAAAUUCAAAGGAAAGUCAGAGAUAGGCGAGGAUGGCGCAUGCCCGAAGUGAUCCUUGUGUGGCUUUGCCAGUCCGGAAAGAGGGAGGAUUGGAGAUGACUCUGCCACGAAGAUUUAGGGUUGGGGAAAAUGCGUAUUCAUGGUGGGGUAAAAAGGUGGAUAAGGAUGUGUUCGCCUGGAUAGAAUCUAGCCUGAUUGGGGAAGAUGAGGAUGUGCUAGUGAAGGUACUCCUCUAUGUAACGCCUUUCUUCUCGACCAUGCUUGGGAUUGAGUUAGCUAUGGGAAACAAGAAAACUCUGACCAAAUGGCUAGAGUUGGUUGAGGCUGCCGUACUAAAGUGGACAGCAGAUAUGCCCUACGCAGGGGAUGAGAUGGUGUAUAUCACUGACGAAAUGCCUGACGCGAAAAAGUUUCGUCAAGUACCGAAGUAUGUUUGGUGGGAGAUGAGGCCAGAGGUGAUGCGCGUGGCCAGUGAGGCCAAUGACAACUGGGCUAAUUUCAAGGUUGAAAUGCAAAGGCGGUACCAGUUGGGGGAUGGACUCCUCACGGUGGAGGACCUGGAAAGGUUGGAGCGGUCAGACUUCACGACAAUAGGAGCCUUUAAAACCGCUUUUGAGAAAAUGGCGAGGAAAGUCCCAGGACUGGCGGAAGAGACCCAGUACGCGAUAUUCCUAAGCAGUUUCACUGAGUGCGAAGGGGUGUCGCUCACCAGGAAAGGAGCUGUGGGGCAAAAGCUAACUUGGGAGACCAUCAAACAAAGUCUGGCUGAUGGGGAGCUGGAUCAAGUAUACCAGUUUCAAAUGAAACAGCAACGCCAGAAGCGGAAGGAGGCGCUCCGACGUGCUAAUCAGCAGCCUGUUCCUCCUGCUAUGUUCAGACUAUGUCUGGAAGAGGAGGUGGAUAAAGGAAACGACGAGGUGGAUGUUGGAGUAAGAACGGCAGGAGAUAAUAGUGAGAAGGGAGGUGUGGUAGAGCGAGAGAAAGAUGAAGAAAACUGUCAGGAGACGGUGGGAGAGACUAUGCGGCACAUGGAAAGCCUCUUUGGGGAAAUGCAGAGGCUAAACUCGGAACUGAGGACAAUUUGUGAUGAGGUAAGUAAACCAAUGGUUUACUUAUUGGGACCGCAAACAGGGUCAUCAGGUGCUAAGCCAGCAUGCGGAACUUUGGUAUCUACUCCGCGGUCUGGGAUUACAUUCCGGCCUCCUCGAGGGCAAUCGAGGGCACCACAAGCUAUGCAGACAAGAAGCAAGAAGGGUAAUCCUGCCAAUGAGGCAGAACCAUCGAAUAAGGGCGAGUCGCGAGAGAAGGGGCCAGCCACUGAGGUGGAUACAGGAAAUGGGAAUGAUAAUGAGGAUGAGCGAUUAAGGAAGGAAGAGGAAGAGCAAGCUGUUGAGCGUGCCAAGAAAAGGAAGGCUGAGGAGCGGCCGGAGACGGUAGCAAAAGGAGAGACUUCUCGCAAGCAAAGGUAUGCGGUACCUUUGGAGGAAGGAUUGGAUAUUGAGGGUAUGGUGGAAAGGCUCCUUAAGGGUCAUAAUGAAUGGUUGAACGUGAAGGAUAUCCUUGCGUCAGCGCCAAAGCUCCGUGAGGAAUUCAAGGCUAGACUUUCCCGGCGACGAGUAGCAAGUGUGAGGCUUGGUGAUCUUAUCCCAGUUGAAGCCCAUUGGGCGACUCCUGGAACGAAGAUGGAUUGGAAAUCAGUCGCGACCGGGAGCGUGAACCUGGUCAUAAAGGGGAAGUCGUGCAGUGGGAUGCUGGACACGGGAGCAGAAAUGAAUAUCAUUAAGGAAGCAGAUGCGUUUCGGCUAGGACUGGAUAUAGACAGGGAAGACAUGGGUUUCCUAUAUGGCGCCAGUGGACGGACACCUUUCAUCGGGACAGCAGCAAAUGUCGUUGUGGAAGUGGGGAAGGUGAAGUCCGAGGAAGAAAGGAGGCAGCUCAUGGGGAAAGAUGAAGUGGAGAGUGAGCCAUAUGGUGAGAUGUCGCUGAGCUUGACAAAUAUCAACGACGCAAUGAAGAUAGUCUCUGCAUAUGGAAUGGCGGAUCCUGUGGCGGUACGGGCGCUGAAGGAAAGGAUUGUGGAUGGCGAAGGUGAAGUGGAAUUGGUGUAUCGAUUACCAAUGAAGGGAGGAGAUAUGGAAGAACCUCAAGGCCAUGCUGUGAGGCCAACAACUUUCAGAGGUGUGCUCAUACAGGCUAGCGUCAAUGGCGAGGAGAGGCCGCUGAGAUUCGAUAACUGGACUCUGAAUAACGCCGAAAGAAACUAUUCACAGUUCAAGCGUGAGAUGCUUGCGGUCCUCCACUGCCUGAGGAUAUUUCGCAAUUACCUCUUUGGCAGGAGAUUCAUAUUGAGARUGGAUCCGACUGCAUUGGCAGGAUCAUUGAAAAAUUAUGCCCCGUCAGACCCUACUAUCGCUAGGUGGCUCACAUACAUAUGGAUGUUUGAUUUUGAGUUGGAGCGCAUUCCAGGGGAUAGAAAUCGGGCUGACGGGCUAAGCCGCAUAGACUGGGAUAAGAGUGAAGGAGAGGCCAAGGAGGGCACGCCUCCAGUUGAUGCAUUCCUCGAUGAAGAAGAGGAUGUAAGGCAACAUAUUAAUGCAUGUGCGGUUGGAGUAAGUGAAGUAGUAAGACAAGGGGAAUCGACUUUUCUUGCGCCAGCAGGCUGUGUGAAGCGGUCAGAGAUAGUCCUCAAAACUUUUGAGGAGGAACUUCAAGAUCCAUGGAGAGGUAAGGAUGUGGAAUGGAUGGAAAAACUCGCUCUGGCAGAAACAUAUCAACUAUCUGAAGAGCGAUUGACUAUUGAAGAAGAGAUUCAUGCGAUUGAGGCGCAUGCUAUGCAUGAGGCGGAUGUCAAUUUCCUUGUUAAUUCGAUACUGCAAGUGCAGGAGGGUGUGAGUAGAAGUCAGGAUCCUGUAAAGGAUAUGGAAGAGGACGAGUUUGAGGAAGGAGAAAUAACAGAAGCGUUUCGUGCAGAGGAAUAUGAUGGCAUGUAUCGGGAAUUGGGGUGACUUCUCUCGUGUGAGAUCAGGGAGAGAGAGGCUUUCCUAAGAGUGCAUGAGAUGCGGCCGCGAUUUG